AUGAACACAAAUUCUAUCCAAAUCCCAAUUUUUGUGCUCACCAACAUCAACACAAGCUCUUUCAAACUAUUUGGGAAAUUCGACACUCCUUCCCCGCGUAGCGUCUUCAACACCAAGGAUUUUUUCAACGACGAAAUCGAAGACACCGAAAUUUGCAAAAUUUUCAUAGAAAAUCAAAGAAAAUGCUCAAAAAGCUGCGAAAAAUUCCCAAAAAAUAUCAGCCCUGACGCAGAGUGCUCAAUUUGUAAGGUAAAAGUAAAAGCGAGUUUUAGACAAUUUGGGAUGUUGAGUGACUGUAAUGAUGUGUUUUGUUUGCCAUGCAUUAGACAAUGAAGAGGAAGAGGAAAUGUGAACGCUUCAACAGCUAAAACUUGCCCAGUUUGUCAUAAGAAAAGCAAAGCUUUAAUUGCGAGUGAUUUUUUGGUUUUUGGGAAGGAAGACAAAAUGAAACUUUUAGGAAAUGAAGGGGACUUAUGCAGAAAUCUUUUUAAAGGAAAAUUCUCUUCAGAAAAUGGUUCAUAUGAUAGUGAGAUAUUUAUGCAAAAGAAUUUUUGCAGAAGCAUGAGUUAA